AUGAGCUCCAAUUUAACUCCCCCAAGCUCCCCAGCCUUGCGUUUCCCUAAGCUUGGCCGCGCUUGUCCCGAACAGGCGCAGUACAACUUCCUCACCAACCGUUCCCACUUUCUUGCUCUGCGUCGCCAGGUUUCCACAGAUGCCCUUUCGUCCGCGCGGUCCGCCAGCUACUACGACUUUUUGCAGUCGAUCACGCCGGCCAGCAACGCCGGCCAGCUCGACUGGAUCAAUGUUCGCGCGGCAGAGCUCAAGGCGCUGAAAACUCGCCGCUCCUUUGUCCGCUGGCUCGACAAACAGUACCAAGCGCUGCACGGGGAGGAUUUGCUGGCCUUCUCGGACGUGCUGAGCGACGAGGACACCCCUGAACCGCCUCCAUGCACCGCUCUGCCCGCAGCCACCAGCACUACACCGCUGCCAAAACCGGGCACGGGGGUGGGUUACGUAAUUACUGACGUAAUCACACUGAUGGCGGCGCAGACGGCCGUCGUGGCCUUUGUUGUCGGGCUGUGGUGGUGUGUGUUUGCGGACAGCACGGAUGCCGCGUACGUGCGGUCAAUUUUAGCCGUUUUGAAGGCCAUGUUGACAGACAAGAAAGAGACUAAAUAG